CCUUCCACCGUGUCACAUGCUGCAAACAUCGCCCAGACAGCCGUGAUCGCGAUUGUGGACGAUGUACUCAGAUCGCAAAACAACGUUCUAAUUCUUCUUAGCAGCUGAACGAGAUCACCACCGAUAUCCAUUCCCAUCGCCGGAGCUUCCACCUCGCCAUCAUGGACCUCAUUCUAGCAGCUCACGAGCAGCAGGAGAAGAAGGGCAAUCUCUCCAAGGCAAUCGACGAUGUGCAGAAACUGAUCGAUUUGCUGCAAUCCACACGAGAUGCCGUCGCCGACACCCCGGACAAGGCAGUGCUUCAUCUGGCGAAGCUCUCCACUCCCGUGAAGCAGUCCUUCAGCAAGAUCGAGGAGGAUCUGAAGGAGGUUAAUAAAGGCAUCAACCAAUACUCAAAGGCGCUGAAAGACAAGUUCAAGAGCACGGUUUUGCCCACAAACGCUAGCGAUGCACUGACCAGCCAGCCGCAUCUUAUCAACCGUGCCAUCGCCAUGCAUCUGUUGCGCGAGGGCAAGUUCGAUGUUGCAAAGACCUUCGUGAGAGAGGUGAAAGAGCAUCCGCCGGCAGGAACGGAAGCAACAGGGACAGAAUUCAAUCAUGCCGCGGGAAUGGACUGGAUCGAAGAUCUCGCCGACGAAACGAUGCAAGAUAGCAGUGAAGACAGGCUGGAAACAGAAGGAGAACGGAGUGGGUUACAGCAGAAAUUCGCAGACAUGUAUCACAUUCUCGAUGCCCUGCGUAAUCAGCACAACCUCGAGCCGGCGAUAGAUUGGGCGCAUCACCACAGCCAUGAACUAGAACACCGUGGUUCGAACCUCGAAUUUGAACUGAGCAGGUUGAAGUUUGUGGAGCUCUAUCAUUCGAAAUCCGACGAAAUGACGGAUGGUGAACCAGACUAUCUCGCUGGUCCGGUGCGAGCGCUGGAAUACGCCCGCAAUGUCUUCCCCACCUUUGGCGAGCGUUACAGUCGGGAAACCUCGUCGCUUAGUGCCUCUCUUGCUUUCAGUCCCAAUCUGGAGGACUCUCCCUUCAACGCAUUAUUCCACAAUCAGUCCGCAUUCGAAGAAGCAUCCGUGUCCUUUACUCGGGAGUUCUGCGGCAUGCUAGGACUCUCAUCGCAGUCGCCACUAUACACAGCCGUCACAGCUGGCGGUAUUGCCCUUCCCGUGUUUGAGAAGUUUGAGCGCGUGAUGGCGCAAACAAGAGGGCAAUGGUCCAGUGUCAACGAGCUACCAGUGGAGACUCCCCUGCCACCUGGCUAUGCCUUCCACAGCAUCUUCGUCUGUCCUGUUAGCAAGGACCAGGCGACUGAUGCGAACCCGCCGAUGAUGCUACCUUGUGGACAUGUACUAGCUAAAGAGAGUUUGGAUCAGCAUAGCAAGGGCAAGAGCAGGAUGAAGUGUCCUUAUUGUCCCCAAGAGUGCCACCCAAGAGAUGCUAAGAGAGUCUACAUUUAGACACGACAUGGUGCAGACGAAACGUUGGGAAGGAACUCGGCAUUAUGGAGCCAAGGCCGGCACAUGACUACCUUAGAAAACCGUAUCGGCCCCUCUGGACUGUCUACGUCGUUCCAAGGUGUUCCGGUGCCCUCAAGCUACGUAGCUAUCCCUGAAGCAUUCACCUCGAGACUGAAGAAGGAUUACCGAAAUGCAAUUGAGUGCGAUGCAAACUUCAUCUCGGCGAAAAAGACUCCCUCACUUCCGGACCUUCACGUAUGCAAUGUGCC